AUGCCGCAGCCUCGUUCUGUGGCGCAACGGCGGGCGAACGUUGGACGCAUGCCUCCAGUACAUUACCUCCUUAGCUUCGUUGACUGGGCAGUGGGGCUGGAAGAUUCAUUGGCGGGGCGAAAGUCCUGCUCAUUCGGAGGUGCUCCUCCCCUCACUGAAUCCUAUUACUCAACAGAAACGUGGUGCAGCCCACUCACCCCAAACACGAAGCAACCAGAUUGCGGGCUCUCGCGUCUGACAUCUGCAGAGCUGGAGGCUGGAGGCAGUAGCCGGCACCAUGAUCUUGAGAACAGCUGUUAA